AUGCUCCUCCGAACUGUGCUUCUCUUGGCCGCCCUGGCGCUCAGCCACGCAGCAAAUCCUUGCUGUUCCAACCCCUGUCAAAACCGUGGUGAAUGUAUGAGCGUAGGAUUUGACCAGUAUAAAUGUGAUUGCACUCGGACAGGAUUCUACGGGGAAAACUGCACUAUACCUGAGUUUCUGACAAGAAUCAAGUUGCUGCUGAAGCCCACCCCAAACACAGUCCACUACAUCCUAACCCACUUCAAGGGAGUCUGGAACAUUGUGAAUAAUAUUCCCUUUCUGCGAAGUUCAAUCAUGAGAUAUGUGUUGACAUCCAGAUCACAUUUGAUUGACAGUCCGCCAACUUACAACGUGCACUAUGGUUACAAAAACUGGGAAGCCUUCUCCAACCUCUCCUACUACACCAGAGCACUUCCUCCUGUAGCCGACGACUGCCCGACUCCCAUGGGUGUGAAAGGGAAUAAGGAGCUUCCUGACUCAAAAGAAGUUCUGGACAAAGUUCUUCUAAGGAGAAAGUUCAUCCCUGAUCCUCAAGGCUCGAAUAUGAUGUUUGCAUUCUUUGCCCAGCACUUCACUCAUCAGUUUUUCAAGACAGAUCAGAAGCGAGGACCUGGGUUCACCCGAGGACUGGGCCAUGGGGUGGACUUAAAUCACAUUUAUGGCGAAACUCUAGACAGACAACAUAAACUGCGCCUUUUCAAGGAUGGAAAACUGAAAUAUCAGGUCAUUGGUGGAGAGGUGUAUCCUCCCACAGUCAAAGACACUCAGGUAGAGAUGAUCUACCCCCCUCACACCCCUGAGCAUCUACGGUUUGCAGUGGGGCAGGAGGUCUUUGGUCUGGUGCCUGGUCUGAUGAUGUAUGCCACCAUCUGGCUGCGGGAGCACAACAGAGUGUGUGAUGUGCUUAAACGGGAGCAUCCUGAGUGGGACGAUGAACGGCUCUUCCAGACCAGCAGGCUCAUACUGAUAGGGGAGACUAUCAAGAUUGUGAUAGAAGACUACGUGCAGCACCUGAGUGGCUACCACUUCAAACUCAAGUUCGACCCGGAGCUGCUAUUCAACCAGCAGUUCCAGUAUCAGAACCGCAUCGCAGCCGAAUUCAACACACUCUAUCACUGGCACCCCCUGCUGCCUGACAGCUUCCAGAUCGAAGACCAGGAGUACAGCUACAAGCAAUUCCUCUACAACAACUCCAUCCUCAUCGAGCACGGACUCACCCACUUUGUUGAGUCAUUCACCAGACAGAUCGCUGGCCGGGUGGCCGGGGGUAGGAAUGUUCCAGUUGCAGUGAAAGCAGUGGCAAAGGCCUCCAUUGACCAGAGCAGAGAGAUGAAGUACCAGUCCCUCAAUGAGUACCGCAAACGCUUCUCCCUGAAACCGUACACAUCAUUUGAAGAACUUACAGGAGAGAAGGAAAUGGCUGCAGAGUUGGAAGCCCUCUAUAGUGACAUUGAUGCCAUGGAGCUGUAUCCUGCCCUGCUGGUGGAAAAGCCCCGUCCAGAUGCUAUCUUUGGGGAGACCAUGGUAGAACUUGGAGCACCAUUCUCCUUGAAAGGACUUAUGGGUAAUCCCAUCUGUUCUCCUCAGUACUGGAAGCCAAGCACUUUUGGAGGAGAAGUGGGUUUUAAGAUUAUCAACACUGCCUCCAUUCAGUCUCUCAUCUGUAAUAAUGUGAAGGGUUGUCCCUUCACCUCCUUCAAUGUGCAAGAUCUGCAGCCUGCCGAGACAGCCACCAUCAAUGCAAGUGCCUCCCAUUCCAGACUAGAUGACCUCAACCCCACAGUGCUAAUCAAAGGGCGCUCAACUGAGCUGUAA